CACACAGCCCCGGGCCCCACCCACGAUGCACACACGCCCAACCCACGCGCACACACACCCACGUUGGAUCCCAUCUCUCUCGUCUUCCUCGAUCCCCUUUCUGCACCCCACGCCGUCGCCAGAUUUCGGCGAUCCCCGUCGUUCCCCACCGCCCAGCUCUCCUCCCCGAGGUCACCUCUCCCCACUCACCAUCUCCACCGACCGGUUUCUCUCCUCGCCCAGGAGAGUCCCGCCUCCUCGCCGCCAAGGCCGCUGCCGCCCGCCGCCUCGAACGGUGCCGCCUCCUCCUUGAGCGCCGCGCCGCAAACCUCGCCUCCCGCGCCCUCGCCGCCCGCGCUGACAUCGACGCCACCCACGCGCGCCGCCUCGCCGUCGCCCGCGACAUCAGCUCGACCAACGGCGAGAUCGAGGACGCGCAGCGGAAGGCGGAGGAGUGGGAUCGCUUCUACGAGUCCAAGAGGAUGGAGAUGGAGGAGUUCCGGCCAUCGUCUCCACAGCCUCCAUCCACCACGGCCGCAUCCACUUCUCAACCCCACGAGUAGCCUCCUGGCCUAGUUCCUCGUCACCGUCCUCCUCCCGGUCCCCGUCCACCUCCGCCUCCACCUGGUGGUCCCAGAGGCGACGACUCCCCGUCGCCUCGGCCACCGUAGAGCUCCGCGAGGCCGCCGCGGGUGGUGGAGACUCCGUCAUGACGCCGCAGCCCAACUCAAGUGUUAAGUUCAGCGUGGAGGCAGCCCUGCAGGAGCUGCAGAGCAGCGGGUUGCACUCGGACGACGUCGGGAUCGGGGCUGCGGAAGCCUGGAAGGCCUACCUCAUGGCUAAGAAGGCCAAGCUGGACGAGACCCUGGCUGCAGCCCGCCAGUUCAGAGCACUGCUUCGGCAGCAGCUCCAGAAAGCCUUCGCGUCACAGUCUUUUUUAGAGGAGGCCCCGGCGGCGUCGAGCUGCUGUUGCUGCGGGCACAGCGACGUCGGCGUGGUUGGGAUGGUCGCAGCCCUUCAAGAUUCUCAACGGCGGCGUCUCGGCGCUGAUGGCGGAGUCGAUGGCGAGCAUCGGCGGGCUACUCGUAGGACCCUUGUAGGAGACCAUCCUCAAGAUGGACGAGAAGAUGAGGUCUGGACCCUUGUAGGAGACCAUCCUCAAGCAGCACUAGAUAUGGAGUAGGAGGACGAGCAGCAGCGGCAAAUCAGACUGAUGAUGACGGGGUGCGGAAGGCAAUGGUGAUCAUGCUGAUGGCAUGAAGAAGGCUGAUGACCACAACCUGGACAUGUUGGCAUUUAGAGAUGGCAAACACAGGCGGCGUGGAGACAGCAACCUGGACCACCCACCUCGCUUGCCUUUUUAAUUUUGGUUGUGGUGGUUGCAUCACCGUCGCGGUCGCAAAUCAGUAUGUAGUGUGCUUGUGGAGUUGGGUCUGGACUGCAGUGUCCAUCUAGUAGGUUAGGUGUUGUUGCUGCUAGAUCCCAUGAUGCUCACCUAAGUUUUGUGUUAUAUGGAGGCCAACCUUUGUGACCUUAUUUGUCGACACUUGUGUGAUCUCGUCUUACUUUGUGCUACAGGUUGUAUGAUAUAUAAGUUUUUAUGGAUGAUCUUGUGAUGUUUCUUUUUUC